AUGGCGGAUGUAGAGGAGGGAGAGGAAGACGUCACCUCUCCGCCGAGCUUCACGACUGCAACGUCAGCCGUGUCUGGGGCUGUCGUUCCGCCAACUUCCCAAAACAGGAUGACCAAAAUUUCUCGGCACAACUUCUCUGAUAGCAACGAUCCCUCCUCCGAUUGCGAUUUCUCCAUCGAUAUCGUUGAGGUACCAGAACAAGGGAACUGAUACCCGUCUCUGAUUGAUAUUCUGUCACGAUCCCCAACUCUUCUCACAUUCCGCCCCCAUCUGCCGCCAGAGCUUGUGCCUCGCCCUCGUUCCCCCCCCCCCCGUCUGACGCCAGCGAAAGUAGUUAGAAAAAUGAGCCAUCUCCUCAGGGAUAUCCGAAUUAUUAUAUCGCCGGCCUGCUUGGUCUAUUCAUCCAGAACUUGGCCAUUAGAAAUGGAGGAUCCUGGAAACGGUUGUGGGUUCUUUCUCAAGUAAGUGGCGGAGAGCUCUACCCGUUCCCCCCAUUAAAUUUGUCACUGAUCGAAAACCUCCCUCCCUGAGAUCUUCUGAGUUGAGCUCCGUCGUCCUCAAGGCCCAGAAAGUCCCAAUCCCGAUUUCAUUCUCUUGUAUCGUUUCUUGGUGCCAAUGGAAUACGAAUUCUCUGAAGAUAAAUUCCUUUGCUCUCAUAGAACAUCCAAGAGGAGUAUGGAAUGUUUGUUUGGCCCUGCGCCAUUGUUCUUGCCGAGUACGUGUGGCAGCAGAGAUCGCGUUUCUUGAAUGAACCUGUGGUAGAGGUAUUUUCUGAUAUUAAUUAUCUUUUUCCCGAAGUGUAUGUAACAAGAUGGAUGCCUGUACAUUAUAAAUCAUGGUUGCAUGAUCACGAUCUGAUGUCCACGAAAAACUUACCAUCCUGAAGCAUGUUCAUGUUCAUAGAAGACCCAGUUCUCUCAAGGGCGUAGUUGAUUCAAGUCUGUGGAGAGCUAGUCCAUUUCCAACAACAUUCAUUUAAUUAGCGGCAAGAACAUGUUCUAACAAAAGAGUGAUUUCUCUUGAAACCCAUUUUAAAUUUUCAUGGACUAAAUUAACGCUUUUAGCAAAAUUAUUCCUCUUUUGCUCGGACCAUUUCAAGACAAGAAAUUGGUUAGAAAUAAGAAAUAAAAAAAUCUUUAACCCUAUGAUGAUCUUCCGGAGUGGAGCAGCUUGGGGCAGGGACUGCCUUGCCAGGCCUUGCGGCUGCCAAAGUGGGAGCAGAUGUGACUUUGACCGACGACUCAAGCAACCUAGAGGUGCAACAAAUCAUUUAUUAUCAAUCAUUGGAACAAUUAAUUUCAUUAUUCUCAAAGAGUUCCUGGUUUUUCUGCGCAGGUUCUGGAUAACAUGAGAAGAACCUGCAGCAUCAACGGACUAAAUUGCAAGGUACGCGCCAUCAGAAAGGGCUUGAGAGCAGUCGCGAGCUUCUCCUUGGCCUCCAUCCACAUACCAUCAUCACUCUAUCAGUUUUGUAGAUCCUGGGGCUCACUUGGGGGGAAUGGGAUGCUCCUCUGCUUAGCCUGAAGCCCAGGUUUGUGCUGGGGGCCGACGUGCUCUAUGAUAACUCUGGUAAGAUCAUUGCCCAUAAUUCCCCCCAACUCUAAUAUCUCAUUCAUCUCCAUUUUCCGAUAUCGAAUGAGAAUUUGAUGUUUCCAAGAUUUCGACGACCUCUUUGCGACGGUGACCGCCCUCCUCAUGCGGAGCUCCACAGCCGGAUGUGUCUUCAUAACCGCUUACCACAACCGGAGGUAUUAAUUACUAUUCCUUCAGCCUGGCGUUGGAUUGGUUUCCGAACGGAAGAAAUUCAAAGUGUUGGGGUUGAUUGUUCAGUGGGCAUCAUCUGAUCGAGUACUUGAUGGCGAAAUGGGGAUGGAAGUGCACGAAGCUUGUGGAUGCCUUCUCCUUCAUGCCCCCGUCCAAGGCCUCAAAGCUGCAGGGAAGCAUUCAACUGGUGGAGAUCAGGCUGAAUGACGAAGAUCCAGAGCAAGAAGAUGUGCGCACUGCUAGUUUAGGAUGA